ACAGAGUCGAGAUCGAGAGCACGUCGUUGAGAGUGGAGCAUAUUUGACUUUUUCUUGUGCUGUGAUAUUGAUUGAAGGUCACCUAGUCCAUAGUAAACGUUAGUAGUUGCGAUAGUCAGUUAGCAACAUCCACGACCACGACCGAGAACAAAUAAACACACACUCAUUUCAUCAAAUAAUCAAUCAAGAACACCUGUCCCACGUCUUCGGCUGCCUGCUCUCUUGCUCAUCUCGUCGCCAUGGCCGGCGGUGCGCGAAACUCCCGCGGUGGCGGUGGCGGUCGUGGCAGCGACAGCUCAUCCUCGUCGAAUAUUCGAUCCUCUGGGUCGGUUAGGUUAUGGCUGCUUCAGUUUCUUUUUCUAGUUCUUUUUCUAGGACGUUGAGACCGAUGCAUAGGUCGUUGAUUUCAUUUUCUCUGCUUAAAGGUAGGUGAUACUAGUACUAUCUCUUGGUGCUUGAAACUCUUUUUCUGGCAAGAACUAGGGAAGAGUCGUUCUACCCCGUUUCGAACCUCUAAAAAUCUCCUCUACCUCAAGCCGAAACUUCCUCACGACGCUGCGUGACAGUGUCGCAGCCUUCUUAGGUGCGCCGUUGCCGACUAAACAGGAGACGCCAGACGCUGACUUCACAGAACAUGAGUACGACUUUCCGUCGGCGUCGAGUUUUUCGAUUAUGGCGUUUGGAUCAUUUUGGAAGAUGCUGUUGUAGACUUAAAGUCUUUGUGCUGUAAGGGGUGCAAAAGAUCAUCACGAAUAUUACUUCGAUUUGGUUCUCUUGUUCCGUGUGCAUGCUUCUACUUGAUACAUUUACGUAGGGAUUAUCUCGACGGCUGCCUGGAGACUGUCUCGUACAACUAUUGCUCGUUCAUAAAUAUUCUACUCUCUCCUCUCCUUCCCCUUUCAUACCACAGGGAGCUUCUGGUGCUGUACCUGCAUUUGUGCCUAGUGGAACCAGUAAAAUGCCGAAUGUCGUGAACGAUAUCCUGAUCAUAUCUGAGGAUUCCUUGGUGCAAUUGUCUCAGUUAAGGCUUCCCGUAAUUCAUCUACUUAAGAGGCAUCUUACUUUCUCUGGCACGUUUACAAGGGGAAAACGCGUGGUCAAAGAUGAACUUGAAGAUGAAUUUAGCUGGGCAGGUCUAACUCAGAAUGUUGUAGUGAAAGAAGCUUUCGCUACUGGUCGUAGGUGGGCACCGGUGAUUGAGAUGGUCACCCUUGGCGUUAUCGCAGUUUUGGCUUUCUUGAUUCGACUUUUCGCUGUCAUCCGAUUCGAGUCAGUGAUCCACGAGUUCGAUCCGUACUUUAACUACCGAACGACAAACUACUUGGCAGCCCAUGGCUUCGCUGAAUUCUGGAACUGGUUUGAUGAUCAGAGCUGGUACCCACUGGGACGCGUGAUUGGACAUACCUUGUUUUAUGGCGGUUGCUGGACAUAUUUCUUACUCUUGUCAGGUAAUGGUACUAAAUAAUAUAUCUUACUCUCGAGCCCAGCCGUGUGAAGCUGCGCAAACUGCAAGAACUUCCGACGUUCACGAAGUUGAGAGUGCUCAACGAGUUUCCGAAGCGCGCGAAGCUGCGCACCGGCACGCUGGACCCAUAACCCCGGGCCCGGUAAUUACCACUCCGAAUGGAGAACGUGCAGGAAGACUUGGGCGAGGAACUUCAUAUGGGGCAUCCGGGGCGCCGGUUUUUGCUGUCGUGCGGUCAGAUCAUAAUGACAGCAACUCGCAACCAUUUCGCUUCCACUGUGAUGGGUCCAUAACUCCGGGCACUGUAAUUACCACUCCGAAUGGAGAACGUGUAGGAAGACUUGAGCGAGGAACUUCAUAUGGGGCAUCCGGGGCGCCGGUUUUUGCUGUCGUGGGGUCAGUUCAUAAUGACAGCAACUCGCAACCAUUUCGCUUCCACUGUGAUGGGUCCAUAACUCCGGGCACGGUAAUUACCACUCCGAAUGGAGAACGUGGAGGAAGACUUGAGCGAGGAACUUCAUAUGGGGCAUCCGGCGCGCCGGUUUUUGCUGUCGUGGGGUCAGAUUAUAAUGACAGCAACUCGCAACCAAUCAAGGGGACAACGUGUGCGCCGGAAGUGAAACUAUCUUUCGUUGGCUGAGCGCAGGACCCCCGAGCAUUGGCACAGGCCUGGCAUUUGGAGCAGUAUUGGGCCCGGGGUACCCCUUUGCAGAGGUCCGAGACAGCCGAGGCCCCUGAAGUGACUUGGAAACCCAGGAACAGAGCUUCCCGCCCUACGGUCCUGCGCGCUUGUCGUGGAUCUCGCUGUCGCCUGCGUACUUUUUCGCGUGUGCGCCCGCAAGCAAAUGGCAGCGCGGCAUAUGCGUGGCGUAGUGGGGGAGCUUCAAGGGGUGUAGCAGGGGGACGCCAUCGCGACGACCCGCCUCCGCAUGUCUGCGGAGCUGGGCAAAGCCGCCAGGGCGGUCUUCGCUGCUGGGCGCGUCGGUCUACAACAAGCAGUAGUCCGCCUAUCGCGGGUGCGUGGUGGGUUUUCUACGAGCGUCAGCGAGCUGCUUCUCUUUCGUCUAGCUCUGUUCCCUUUUGUAAGUAUUGUUUGGUAUGGUAACGAAAAGCUCCAAAAUCAACAUCUAUACUUUUCGACACAUACUAGUCUUCACUAGUCACAACAGUACUAAUCGUUCGUGACUUAAUUAAGGUGCGAUGUACCUGUACGCGUAGCAGUAAGACGCGACUGCCCCACCUCUCAUCUUCUAACUCUUCCCUGGUUUGAUGACAACCACUGCUGUCUUGCAGCACGCGUUGCAUAGCAUCGGUUUUACCGUGAACACCCGCAACCUCUGCGUUUUUAUGGGUCCGACAUUUUCCAUGUUGACCGCAAUAAGCGCCUACGGGUUUACGAAAGAGGUGACCGCGAAGCCGGAAGCGGGUCUCGUGGCUGCCUUCUUUAUGGCCAUUUGUCCUUCCUACCUCUCCCGCUCCGUCGCUGGGUCCUACGAUAAUGAGUGCGUCGCGAUUUUCGCUCUGAUUUUCGGCUUCUGGACCUUCGUAAAGGCUGUGCGCUAUGGAACAUUGUCGCAUUCUUUGAUGGCGACUUUUGCCUACCUGUACAUGGUCUCCACUUGGGGCGGUUACGUUUUCCUCACGAACACGAUCGCCAUCUAUGGUACUUGUGCUUAUAAAAUGACGUUGGUUUCUUGUCGUGCAUGUUGGUCCUCUACUCUCGGGAUCUGUGAAGAUUCAAGCUUCUAUCGCGGAACUUCAAUUUUGAACUUCUUUUCUUGCACAAAUUAAUAUAGAUACAAGACUCCUUUAUGACAUAAAAAAAUGUACUCAUACUCAAGAAAAGAGGUUUUUUCCUACUUAGAAAGUGCCUACUUUCUUGAGGAUGAGUACACUUUUUCGUUUCAUAUCCUUCGCGGCCUGGUAACUUCUAGUUCAUCACAUCAACCAAACCACCUAUUCCUAUCAACUCCCACCUCCUCGUCAACUACCAGUUUUCUGCCUCCUCUGUUUGGACCGCUUGAACGGCAACGCUUAUGUGGUGUAUUGCACGUGGUAUGUUGUCGGAACCAUGUUCGUGUUGAAUAUUCCUUUCGUCAACUUCGGAGCUGUCAAAAGCAGCGAGCACAUGGCCUCGCAUGGAAUCUUCAUGCUCUGUCACUUACGGCCUGUCGUGAUUUAUUUUCAUCUGGAAGAACUUCUAGUUACUUAUAGUUUUCAAUUUUACUUUAAUUAUACUCUUGAAAUGAAGAUGUACAUUUUUGCCCAGAGCUGCAUGGGUUUAUUUUUAUGGCGGAAAGUACUUAGGCUUAACGCAUGAUACGCGUACUUUUUAGAUCAGUCAACCACCUCAAUAUCAGUUUCAUCCAGAUUCUAAUCCAAGCCUACAAGUUAUCCAAGUACCUGAUCCAGCAGAAAGCGGAUCUCGAAAAGGGAGCUCCACGUCUUUUCGUCGUUACUAAAGAUUCCGCACUCUCGUUCCGCAUCUUCGCAUUCCUCUUCUCCGCUCGUGGCAUGGUCACACUGGCUGGCGCUGGCUUUUCACUUCUCACAGUUUACCUCGUUUUCACAGGAAAAACCCAAUGGAGUGGACGUAGUAUGACACUUCUGGAUCCGACCUAUGCCAGAAACUACAUCCCUAUCAUCGCGAGUGUCAGUGAGCACCAACCGGCAGUGUGGACGAACUAUGUGAUGGAUUUGCACGCCAUGGUGUUCUUGAUUCCAGCUGGCAUGUUCCAUUGCUUCUGGAACCGAAGCUACGGGCUUUUGUUCGUCGGCGUUUUCGGUCUGCUGUCGACUUACUUUUCUGGGGUAAGGCUUAAGCUUAGCUCAUGCUUGCAGCAACAUUGAAAUUGAUUCUUCUUAAUCUGAUUUUCUAACAUGGUGUUCCAGUAGCUGCAGUUGCUGAAGCUGAUGGUGAGUAUUUCUAUUUGGCUAGUUGCAAAAAAAUAUCUUCAAUAUGAUGAUUUCCAGCAGUUUUUUCAGCAUCCACUUCCACCUCGUCAUCAUGACUUUCUCUGCUCUUUCCACUGCAGGUAAUGAUCCGCCUCCUGCUCGUUAUGUCGCCAGCUUGCUGCUGUCUUUCUGGAAUCAGCUUAUCGCAUGUCCUCACGAUUUUCACCACGAACUUGAGGCAUAUGGAACCUCCAGCAGGAACUGCAAAACAUUUGAAGGUAUUCAACUUCUUCGUUCAGUUGCAGGUGGAUGCACUGACGACUUUCCUCGUACUGCCCCUACCUCUUUCUGAGGUCCGUUGCGUCUGCCUCUUCGACAUUUUUACCAUCAAAAAUCUCUGCAUACAGACCAUCAACACCAACACUAGCACUUACUUCUAUUCAAGAGAUAAAUUAUAGUAACUAACUAAUGAAAGCACCUACAAUCUAGACAAUUCAUCUCCCUUCUUCUUAUUCUAAUACAGUUACAGACCAUCACCAACGCUAGCACUUACAUUUCGAACCGUCCUCAGGUCGUUUCCCUCUCCGUCCUUGGUUUUGCUGCCUUCAUCAUGUCCCGAUAUGUGAUGCACUGCACUAUGAUCUCGAGUACAGCUUAUUCGUCUCCUUCAAUCGUCAUGGCCUACCAGGGACGAGACGGCACAAGAAUAUUACAGGAUGACUUCCGAGAGGCAUACUAUUUUAUGACACGACGACACAUCAAGUUUGUGUAGUAACAGUAAGUUGUAACUGUUGAUGACGAUGAGUGGUGCGAUGACGUUGUUCUUGUUGUUGCACAUAGCUGUAUCAUCGAUCCAGUACUGAAGACAUAGGCGGCCAAGGCACGUCGCUCAUUCUGCGUGCAGAGCAGCAUACUACAGUACAACCUUUAUUUCCAUCUAACUCUCGGAUCCGCCAAAAUACCCAUAAGAAAGCUACCAUCGCUUCCUGGUGGGACUAUGGGUAUCAAAUUACGGUCAUGGCCAACCGAACGGUCAUCGUAGACAACAACACCUGGAACAACACGCAUAUUGCGACGAUGGGACUUAUUUUGGGUACUUAGUUUGUUACUGUUAAAGUUCACCUUUUUUUGCUUCUUUUUCGCCCGAAACAAGUGCAUUUGCAUACCAAACAAUGUGCCAUGCGACUAUUCAACCCUUGUUGCAGGUUCCACCGAAGCCGAAGCCUACCGCCUCCUCCGUACUCUCGACGCCGAUUACGUGCUUGUGUUGUCUGGUUCUCUGUCUCGAUACAGUUCGGACGACAUCAACAAGUUCUUGUGGCCAGUCCGUAUCGCUGCUGGAGUCUACCCAGACCUGAUCAGCGAGGCCGACUUCAUCGGGCCAGGAGGCUACACUCCGGGGCCAGGUGCGAGUGAGAAAUUCAUCGACUCGCUUAUUUUUAUGGACGAGGAGAGUUUUUCUUCAUUUUUUUCUACUUACUCUCUGAAUCAUUUCCCCACCUCCACUAGAAAAAGAAACACCCUUCUAACAAGGGCAUUUUCGUAAGGAGUAAGUGCAACUACAGCUGCAUCAACAUGAUCAAGUUGAUCACAAACUACCAUCCUACUCCUACCUCCUCUAACCUCCACAAGCUCGCUUUCCACCGAGUCGGCGAGUUGACCAACGGCGUUGACUUGGCACGUGGCGUCCAACUCGCGAAGCCGGAUAUCACUUUGACUCACUUCCAAGAGGUCUUCACCAGUGAAAACUGGAUCGUGCGUCUCUUCAAGCUGAAGAAGGAAUCGAACAGGGUGAAGUUCUAAGUCGUUGGAGCAACACUGGAAUUCCAAAUUGAUCAUGAAUGUUGCUGAUUUAUAAGAAUUUGAAUUGUUUCAAAGGGGGGGUGGUCACAGUCUGAUGAAGAAACUGAUGUAGAAAAUGUUCGAAGAAAUCUACGGAGUACAACAGCACGACUGGUGCGACGUUGUUAUUGUCAAGACUUCUUCUGAUCGUGAAGAAGAUUCUUCUUCUUCCUGUAAGUAAGAAGUAUAAGUAUGUUUAUCCUAUGUCUAAAGCACCCUUCCAGCUCCCGCUGAUUGCUACUUAUCAAACAUCUUAGAAGCACCACAUCAAGUGAAAAAUUGAAAUUCAAAUUGAAAAUUAACUCUAGUACGACCGUGAUGAAAUUACGACGUGUCUCUCACUCUCUGAACGGAAAAAUAGCGAAAAUGAUCUGUGUACCAAGAACACUAUUGCGAAUUUUGAGAAUACAAAUCGAUAUCAAGAACCAAAACCAACCCAGAAUAUGAAUAUCUAAUGAAGAAGGAACUUCUACCCAUCGUCCAGCAUACCUAUGUGUCUCACGAAAUUAAAGAACAUGAAUAGGUUCUCCUGGCUUUUUUAGAAACGAGAAGGCUGUGUAUCCUGUUGUGCUUCCCUUCUUGAAUUCGAUUCCAAAGUCCUGCCAUGAUAAUG